GCGGGCCUGGUCUCCAUGGCAGCCGUGGAUUUAUUACUGGGGCCUCCACCUGGCUGAGCGGACUUUCGACUUGAAGCCGGGAAGAAGGGGAACAGGAAGGCAGUUCUGGGAGCAGCGAGCCCACGGGUGGCAGCUGGAGGCCCCGCGAUGGCCAAGUUUCUUUCCCAGGACCAAAUUAAUGAGUACAAGGAGUGCUUCUCCCUAUACGACAAGCAGCAGCGGGGGAAGAUCAAAGCCACGGACCUCCUGACGGUGAUGAGGUGCCUGGGGGCCAGCCCGACGCCUGGGGAGGUGCGGCGGCACCUGCAGACUCACGGGAUAGACAGAAAUGGAGAGCUGGAUUUCUCUACUUUUCUGACCAUCAUGCAUAUGCAAAUAAAACAAGAGGACCCAAAAAAGGAAAUUCUUUUGGCCAUGUUGAUGGCAGACAAGGAGAAGAAAGGCUACAUCAUGGCAUCUGAACUGCGGUCAAGACUCAUGCAACUGGGGGAGAAGCUCACCCCCAAAGAAGUGGAGGAUCUCUUCAGGGAAGCAGAUAUCGAACCAAAUGGCAAAGUGAAGUAUGACGAGUUCAUCCAGAAGAUCACCAUUCCUGUGCGGGACUACUGAACGAGAAGGCAAGAGAGCCUCCCCUGGGCCUGAACACUCAGACUGAUGGAUGUUUGAAAAGAAGAGUGUUCCUUUCACUUGCAGGAGAUGGCAGACACAGCAAGAUGACAGACCUAACUACAGUAAGAGGACAACAAGGAAACCAAAUGAUUCCAGCUGUGGGAUUAGCAUGUCUUUAAUAAAAUUUUUUACUGUUUUAACAACUA